AUGCCAUCUUGUGGUCAUUCUCAUAGCCAUGGUCAUUCCCAUGGACCACCUCCUAUUCCAACAAAUAGCUCACAAUCUAUCAACGACAGGGUUAGUCUUUCCAAACUUGCGGGUCUAAACAUGGCAAACCCACCUAGUGAUCUACAGGCUCUAUUCAAAACCAGAGAAACAAAGAAUUCACUAAGACCGGCAAUCAGAAGCGACGCGGACAACCAGCUGAUUCUGAAAGUUCCUUUUGAUGGAAUUGUGAAGCUUUACUCUAUCAUCUUGAGAACCAACGGUCAGCCGGACCAUUGUCCUUCUACGAUCAAACUGUUUAAGAACAAUGAUGCUCUGGAUUUUGACACUAUUGGAUCAGUUCAUCCCACCUCAACUUUGAGUCACCCUCUUGUGGGUCAUUUGGAGGACUUGUCGGCCAUUUCCAGAGAUGAUGAGCUUGUGGACGAGACUGAAGACCAGUUUGUGGAGCAUUAUCUUCCAAGAAACCAGUUCAAUGGCACUACGAGUCUCACGUUGUUCUUUGAGGAUACUCAUUCCCACGAUGAGGAUGAGCCUGUGAUCAUUUACUCCGUAGAGCUGAGGGGUGAGUUUGCGGAGCUGACCAGGGAUCCAGUCAUAACGUUGUAUGAAUCAGCAGCCAAUCCUGCUGAUCACAAGCUGCCCUUAUCCCAGCAGAACUUGAACAGUCAGGGAUUUGAUUGA